AUGGUAGCCGCGUCAGAAAGCACCGCUUGUGGCAACACGGCAACUAUAGUCCACAUCGUAGGCUGCAAGGAGGACUACAGGCUAGAACUCCAUCGCAACCUGAAAACCGCCUUGGCCAAUAGCAGAAAUGCCGCAGGCUGCGGCUAUCGCUGGUGGCGUGGUUCCGACGCUGCCACGUCCUCCCUCCCUGCCACAGGGUCAGAGAACCCGUACCAUCACCUCCGCAUCACGGUCACUAGCGGCGGCUGCCAUGGCUUCCAGUACCUGAUGUCCCUGGAGCCCGCAUCCAAGAUCGACGUUGAAGAAGACACCGUCUUCGAGGGCGAGGAAGACGUCGCGGCGGUAGCUCGCGAAGCCAAGGUCGUUAUAGACUAG